AUGUCAAGCACAUCACGAGCAUACCGAUGUCGCGAGCGUGGGGGCCGAUGUCGUGAUGAGGCACCGAUGUCACCUGUCGACUUCGGCUCAGGGGUUCCGACGUCAAAGGCGUGGCACCGAUGUCAAAAAUCAGAACGAAGUGGAGCGAAGCGGAGCGAUGUGGUCCGAUGUCACCGAGACAGCCAUAUACCGAUACCGCGACGCGACGCGGUACCGAUGUGGAGACAUGGUGCCGAUGUCAACCGUGUGUUGGCACCGAUGUCGAUCACAGGUUUGGUCCGAAGUCCCGCUGCAGAAAAGUUGGGCCGAUGGGCCGAGCGGUACGACGAAGAUGGGCCGAAGCAGCACUGGACAAAACCCACGAAUGAGCAACCGACUCAACCUAGAAAGAAUGGAAAUUAG